AUGCAAUGUAUAUCAACAGUCUCAUACUCAAUCAUUAUAAAUGGAGAACCAAGUGAACCUUUUAGGCCAAAAUGUGGAUUAAGGCAGGGUGAUCCAAUUUCCCCAUAUUUAUUUAUUCUUGUGAUGGAAAUGCUGUCAAAGAUGAUGUUGCAUUUGGAAGACUCACAGUCAACUAAGAGUUCGUGUGAGAAGGUGAGAAACACAAUAGAUGCUUUCUGCAAAAUUUCGGGAGAGGCAAUAUAUUUUGACAAAUCCAGUGUCAUCUUCAGCCCGAAUACUCCUGAGUCUGUGAAGCAUGAACUCAAACAAGUACUUGGUACUCCUUGUUCGGAAAAAUUGGGGAAAUAUCUUGGAUGUGAUGUGGAAAUUGAUGGACGGUCAUCUAAAGCUUUUCAGCCCCUAGUUGACAAAAUUCACAAGAAAACUCUAUCAUGGAAGCAUUUAAGCCUAUCUCAAGCAGGAAGGUUGGUCCUUAUCAAUGGUAUUCUAGCAGCCCUUUCUUCAAAUGUGUUGGCUGUGUUUAAGGUUCCAAAAAAGACUUCUGAUCAGAUAAAUGCAACACUAAUGAGGUACUGGUGGAUGGGGUCUGCUAAUAAUAGAGGUAUAUGUUGGACUAAGCGUACUAUUUUGGAACUACCUAAGGGAUUGGGAGGAGUAGGUCUGCGCAAUGUUGAAACCUAUAACAAAGCUUUUCUAGCUAAACAGGCUUUCAGAAUUCAUAAUACCCCAUCACUUUUAAUUUCAAGAGUUAUGAAAGCUGCAUACAAGAAUUCCCCUGUUGAAGCCAUUUUAAAUAAAGACAUUCAUUGCAAAGCAUCCUGGGGAUUUAGAGGUUUAUGUAAGAGUAAAGUGUCUUUCAAGAAUAGAGAAGUUGAGAGAGGAAGUGGUGUUGUAAAGGUGAAAGAUCUUUUUCAUCCUCAAGAAAAGAAGUGGAACUCCCAGUUAAUAUGGGAAACUUUUGCUCCCAACACGGCUAGAGAGAUUUUGAGUAUGCAUAUUUCUCAGGAAGAUAAAGAUGAUAAAGUUUGCUGGAUAGACAACAAAAUGGGGCAACCUACUGUUAAAUCCAUAUACAACCAGUUGAUUUUAGAGAAGUGUCAAAGGCAAAUUUCUACCAGUGAAAAUAAAUUCUGGAAAAGGUUAUGGAAAUGUGACAUGAUGCCAAAAUGGAAAAUUUUUAUUUGGAAGAUAAUGAAUAGAGCCAUAGCAAUCAAAAGAAAUUUGCAGAAAAGAGGUAUGAGGGUGGAUGGAAGGUGUGCUUUAUGUAUGGAAUUUACAGAAAGUGAUAAUCAUUUAUUUAGAGAUUGCUCUAUGUCAAACCAUAUAUGGAAAGCCUCCUCUUUGGGGAUAAAUGCUGGUGUGAAUCAGCAUAUUGAUAUUAGAGAGUGGAUUAAGAAUUUUAUGAGUCUGUUUUGGAAUGAAGAUGGGGGUCACAGCCCAAGGGUUUUAAUGUUUGUGGCAACCUUAUGGUCGAUUUGGCUGCAUAGGAAUGAAAUUAUUUUUAGGAACACUGAACCAAAUCCUAGCAACAUCUUGUAG